AUGUUAACGGAGCUCUCUGCUUAUUACCAGAUACAACCAGCGCCACCAGCAGCGGUGGAUGUGGAUGUGGAAGCAGUAUUAGAGAAACAAACGAUAGGAAGACUCAUAGAGCUCGCUCUAGGUCAUGGAGGGUAUGGCUCAGUUUUCAAAGGACAUUUUCCAGAUGGAAGGCCGAUAGCUGUUAAACUACUCAACAGCCACAGCAUAGAUAAGAGGAUUGAGGACCAGUUCAUGGCGAAAGUCAACACCAUAGGAAGAACAUAUCAUCGGAACCUAGUAAGGCUCUAUGGCUUCUGCGUCGAAGCAGAAACAAAAGCUUUAGUAUAUGAAUACAUGGAAUACGGAUCGCUUGACAAACUGUUGUUCGAGAAGAAACAUGAAAUUGGGUGGGACAAGUUACCAGUUGGGGCUGCAAGAGGGCUCGAGUAUUUGCAUCAUUUCAGCCUCAAGAAAAUAAUCCAUUAUGAUAUUAAACCAGAAAAUGUUUUGCUUGAUUCCAACUUUUGCCCAAAGUUGCAAAUAUACACCACAAAUAUAACCAUGUCGAGAGCUGGAGGGACUCCAUGUUACGCUCCCCCAGAGAUUUGGAUGUGUAUAGUUUUGGGGCGAUGCUGUUUGAGAUGGUUGGAAGGAGGAACAUUUUAG